AUGAGUUCUAGACCAACUUGGGAUAGUUCUCCAACGAUGAAUCGAUCGAUGAGUGGUAAUGGAUUGAGUAGUAUCGGUGGAGGCGGUAGUAGUAGUAGUGGUGGUGUACCUACGACAGUGUCAGUCGAUAGCAUUCGAAAGGAGAUAAGAAAAUAUGAAGUCGACGUCGACACCAAGCUGAGUGCACUCUCAUCGCUCAACGACAAAGUACAACGUGAUACCGCCUCUGAGUACAUUGAUGAUAGCUAUAUAGAAUUUGAUGUAUUAACAUCUGAAUUAGAUUCAAUAUUCAAAAAUUUAACACGUUGCAAUGAAUUACUUGCAAAAGAACAAAAUAUCAGUAUAUCAAUGAUACAGCAUCACAGAGAUAAAUUAGAGGAUUUUUUGAAGGACUAUAAGAAAUAUAAGAAAAAUAUCACCUAUUCAUUGGAACAUAGUGAACUCUUGUCUGGUUCAACAUAUAAAAAUAAAGAUACAGAGAUACCAAUGAAUAAUUUAUUAAGAGAACAACAAUCAUUACAUAAUUCAAAUUAUGUUGCCGAUUCAAUUUUAGGACAAGCAAGACAAGCACAUGAAGCAUUGGAAAAUCAAAGAAAAAUAUUAAGAGGAGCGAGUCAUAAGAUUAAUAAUAUGACAGGUAUAUUUGGUGCAAUCGAUGGUGUUACAACAAAGAUUAAGAGAAUGAAGAGUAGAAAUAUGAUGGUUCUCGGUGGUCUAAUUGGAAUAUCUUACAUGGUUAGCGUUAUUAAAUCGAUCGGUUGUUUUUUAUUAAAUGGAAAGUAA